UUCAGAGAUAAAAUGUUGUAAUGCCGAACCAGGAUAAACCUCGUCCUUCCUCGCCCCCUGUUCCGGGUCCGUCCAGCAACUCAGGGGAGAGUCCUGCUCCAGUUAGAAGAAGAGAAGAGCCGACUAUGGAGAGUCUAGCCGAAGUGUUUCGUUGUUUUAUCUGUAUGGAGAAGUUAAGGAACGCCCAUCUCUGCCCUCACUGCUCCAAGCUUUGUUGCUACAUGUGUAUCAGACGUUGGUUAACUGAGCAGAGAUCUCAAUGCCCGCAUUGCCGCGCUUCCUUGCAUAUUCAUGAACUGGUCAACUGCCGCUGGGUAGAGGAGGUCACCCAACAGUUGGAUAAUUUAAAGGAUGUAGGAGGAGCUGGUGUUGGAGGAGGAGGAGGAGACGGACGCCCUCUCCAGGAUAAAUGUGAACUACACCAGGAGAAGCUGAGCGUAUACUGCUGGACGUGUAGUAUCUGUAUCUGUCAUCAGUGCGCUCUGUGGGGAGGAAACCACUCCGGUCAUACUUUUAAACCUCUAGAUGAUAUUUACUCCCAACAUGUUGGGAAGGUAAGAGAGGAGGUGGCCCUGCUCAGGAGAAGGUUGAUGGAACUCAUCUCUUUAGGACAGGAGGUCGAACGGAACGUUGAGAGUGUUCGUGCCGCCAAGGAUGAACGAGUUCGUGAGAUAAGGAACGCGGUUGAGCUUAUGAUCGCCAGGUUGGACUCCCAGCUCAAGAGUAAGCUCCAAACCUUGAUGUCCCACAAGAACGGAUUGAACCAGGAGACAGAGCAGGUUGAGCAGCUGCUGGCUAGUAUUGAGUCUCAGCUCUCUACUGAAACCAAGGGCCAGCUUAUCGCUAAGAGUGGAGAAAUAUUGCAGCUCGCCCUUGCAGCAAAUAAAAAACCAAUUCCAAGCUUUGCUACUGCACAGGUUCAGCCUCAUUUCCAGUCUGAGAUUGUACCCCUGUACGACGAGAAGAGCUUUACGUUAACGAACUUCUCCUCCCUGCAGAGCAAGGCGGAUCCUGUAUACUCUCCGCCACUACAUGUAAACGGACUCAGCUGGAGACUAAAGGUGUACCCUGAUGGGAACGGUGUGGUACGAGGGAACUAUCUCUCCGUGUUCCUGGAGCUAAGUGCUGGGCUCCCUGAAACCAGCAAGUAUGAGUACAGGGUUGAGAUGGUUCACCAUGGUCGAGAUACAAAUAAGAAUAUUGUCCGGGAGUUUGCGUCAGACUUCGAGGUCGGGGAGUGCUGGGGAUACAACAGGUUUUUCCGCCUGGACCUACUCGCUAGUGAGGGAUAUCUCAACAGCAAUAGUUUAACCUUAACAUUUCAAGUUAGAGCCCCAACCUUCUAUCAGAAAAGUAGAGAUCAGCAAUGGUACAUUCAGCAGCUCCAGACCCUUCAUACACAAUAUGUUUCACAAAUAUCGGAGCUUAGAUCCCGUCUCUGUGCUCCGACUCCGUCCGACCUAAAUCCGUUGGUAAAUUUACCCCAGCCCCAACCUAUGCCUCGUCUUCGGUCCUCACGCCGUCUCCAGGCUGACUCGGAGACAGUGGAAAGCGGUCGUCUCUCCAGCUCCAGUGAGAGUGAAGGGGAAAGUAGUGAGAUAGAGGAGAGUAUCGGAGAAAGCAAUGCUAGUGCUGAUCAUCCGAUCCCUUUCUCCGAGUUGGAUCCUGAUCCUCGGUUCGAGUUUAAACACCUGAUGAGCUCCAGUCUACCAGCAAGUACGGAGAUGUUUCGAUGUUCUAAAGAAUCGUCCUCUGCCACAAACUCAACUGCAUUUGCGGAGAGUUCGUCACAACUUUCUCAGCGUUCAGGAAGAAACUCGGCUUUAGAGGAUGAACUCAUGCUUCUGAGAUUGCUUGAUCUUCAUAAAACCUCCCGGGAAAACUCCAGUGCUCCGAUAUAUAGACCGGAGAAUGAUACUGCUGCGUCUCUAACCGCAAGUCCUUUCCAUUCGGAGAGUCCACUCCCAGUCCUUCCUCUCAAUCAUAACCAUAGAUUGAGUUCAUCCCUCUCCACCAAUAUAGAGUUUGCUUUCGGAGCAACAGCUGUAGAAACUCCGCCCUCAACUCCGUUCCUCCCUGUAGACUUGUUUGCUCUUGAACCUGCGCUGCGAGCGGAACGAGGAGAUUUUCGUCCUUUUGAGACAGUUACUCGGGACUGCUCGGAGAGGACAACUGAUCAACUUGAUAAAAUUGCGCCAAGACCAUCUCUAGUCCUAGAUCAGAUCGAUCUCAGUUCUCUCCGACUGUCAGCUGCAACCCCGGAGUUUAGAAUUCAGGGGAUGGAUUCGAAUAUCGGAGAUAUGAAUCAAUCCAUCCCAUCUCAUCCGUUAUCUCUACCGGAAGCUUUGCAGCCUGAAUGUAUUGAACCUAGUAACUCGGAGAACCUUGAACCUAGCGAGUCCGUCCCUAAACCUGAGACAAGCAGUUCCUCCUACUCUGAUACACAUACACCAAUCUCAAGCAGCUUAUCUGCACCCUGCAGCUCUCAACGCAGUACUGAUGCUGCUCCUUCUGAAACUGGCAGCUCCGGAGAAGAGCCGAAGGAAGCUAAAAAAGAUCAACCAAACUGAACAUUCUGAAUCUUUGCAUUUUUAUUUAAUAAUCUUUAAUUAUUAAGUAUUAACCAUUCUAUUAUUAGUAAACUAUAAUCAAUUAACCAUGAGCUAUAUUAACAAAAUCAACUACUAAAUCAAAUAUUAGUCUAUAUGGAAUAAAAAUGUUUUUGUUGAAA